AUGGAUGUAUACAGUUCGGUUUCCAAACCCGACUCACUGCAACAGGGAUGUACACUUUCUUCCUCUCUUUGGUUUUCUUCUUUCUUUCCUUCUUCUUCUUUACACAAUUCAGCUUAUAACAGAGGUAUACACUUUCUUCUCUGGUUUUCCUUUUUCUUUCUUUACACAAUUCAACUUAUAACAGAGCUCUCUCUCUCUCUCUCUCUCUCUCUCUCUCUCUCUCUCUCUCUCUAUCUAUCUAUCUAUCUAUCUAUCUAUCUAUCUAUCUCAGUUUGUUUAUUAUCUAUCUGUUACAGUCUCUUGGAUACGAAUUCAUUCAUUAUCUAUCUAUCUAUCCUAUCUAUCUCCUUUAUUUCAUUAUCUAUCUAUCUAUCCAUCUGCCAUUCACUGGAUCUUAAUAAUUUUAUCCAUCUAUCUAUCUUUCUAUGGAUAUCCUCAUCACAGAAAUAUCUCAGACUCUGCUCAUUAUCUAUCUAUCUAUCUAUCUAUCUCAUCCUAUCAUUAUAUCUGUCUGCUCAUCUCUUCAUUAUCUAUCUAUCUAUCUAUCUAUCAUCUAUCUAUGUAUCUCAGCUAAAUCAGUAUCACGAGGAUAUAUAUCCCAUUCUGUACGUAAUCUAUCUAUCUAUCUAUCUAUCUAUCUAUCUAUCUAUCUAUCUCAGUCUUUUCACUAUCUAUGUAUCUAUGUAUCUAUCUAUCUAUCUAUCAGUCUUUUCACUAUCUAUGUCUAUGUAUCUAUCUAUCUGUCUCUGUCUGUUUUUUUACUAUCUAUCUAUCUCACUCUUUUUACCAAUCUAUCUAUCUAUAUCUAUUUCGGACUUUUCACUAUCUAUAUAUCUAUGUAUCUAUCUGUCUCAGUCUUUUCACUAUCUAUCUAUCUAUCUAUCUAUCUGUCUGUCUGUCUUUUUUAUCUAUCUAUAUAAUUCUCAAAAUCUAUCUAUCUUUCUCACUAAAUAUCAUUAUCUAUCUAUCUAUCUAUCUAUCUAUCUAUCUAUCUAUCUCAGUUUAUUCAUUAUCUAUCUAUCUAUCUCAGUUUAUUCAUUAUCUAUCUAUCUAUCUAUCUAUCUAUCUAUCUAUCUAUCUCAGUUUGUUAAUUAUCUAUCUAUCGAUUUAUAUAUCAUCUGA